UUGUAGCUGAGGGAGCUAUUGAGACUGCAUCUCUCCCAGGCAGGUACCUAAGUGUGAGGAGUGCUCGUGUGUCUAGCUGUGUGUUGUGUGCGUGUCGUGCGUGUGCUUGUAUUGACUGAACAUGGAGAGCAACGUACCCAUCUUGUUGCAGAAGGACAAUACCUUCACUAAGCUGUUUGUUGGUGGUCUGCCCUACCACACAACCAAUGCCACCCUCAAGGCCUUCUUCUCCCAGUAUGGAGACAUUGAGGAGGCAGUGGUCAUACACAACAGAACCACUGGACUGUCCAUGGGAUAUGGCUUUGUCACUAUGGCAGAUAAGGAGGGCGCAGAGAGCGCUUGUGCAGUGCCUGAGCCUGUCAUUGAUGGCCGCAGAGCAAAUGUCAAUCUCGCUUACCUGGGAGCCAAACGCAGGAACAAGAGUCAGCCAAGCAGUCCACUGACUAUUGGUGUCCUGGGUUCCCCCGAACAGAACAACCUCCAGUUCCCAGCCCAGUCUCCACCUCCAAUGAUGAUACCUCCCAAUGGAUUCUUCCUACCACCGAUAGCCCCUCCUGGAUUUGGCUAUGAUGCUCCGUUCAGCCCACCCCCUUUCAUUCAUCCAUUCUUCUACCAGUGCCUCUACAACCCGGCCCUCUAUCCCAAUGGGAACACCUCCCCACCCUCGUACCAACAGCCUCAGUGCCACAACUUCCCUCCAUCACCAGGACAGCCACCGCUAGUACCAGCUGCUGUCUACAGUACGGCUGCAAACUGACUCUUAAUCUAGCACACAAUUAAAAUGUAAUUUUUUUAUGCAGGUACGUAUAUUGUCACGUUUCAGUCUUUUAUGUAAAUCACUUCAAUAAUAAACGCAGAUUUUUACUGUCUUUAUCAAUAGUAUUGUUGAAAGUUAUUUAUUGAAAAUAGAAAACGUUCUCUUUAA